GUACUCCUGCUGGUGACAGAGUGGAAACCCCUGAAAAAGUCGCGCGAGGAGAACAGAAGUAAUAGGAAGGUUGGAAUGCGUUGAUUGAGAGAUUUGAGAGAGAAAAAGUGAGACACAGAGUGAGAGCAGCAGGAGUAUAAGAGAGACAAUGGCGAUUUCUGGAGAUUUGAGGGUUUCUGCCACAUUAGCUUCCUAUCCUUCGCACUCCUUUCGACGGUCCGUUGCACCCUCAAAGGUGCCAUUCAGUGGUUUCCUUAAUGGGAGAUCUCAUAUUUCUGAACUUACACCCAGAUGUCCCCUCAUAGCCCUUGAAGGUCACAAGAUUCAAUGCUAUAAUCACCGUACUUUUGGUAUCAGAGAUGACAAUGGGUUUUCUUCCAAAACGUUGAACCAAGAACUAGAGGGUUUCCUCCUAAAUGCAAUAAAUAUGAACUUAUUUGAGCGUCUAAACUUGGCCUGGAGGAUACUGUUCCUACCACCAAUUACAAGGAGGAACUCUAACGCAAAGAUUGCCAAGCAACGCUUGAAGAUGAUCCUCUUUUCUGAUAGAUGUGCAGUUAGUGAUGAGGCAAAGCAGAAGAUUGUGAAGAACAUUGUGGGUGCUUUAUCUGAUUUUGUGGAGAUUGAUUCACAGGAUAAAGUCCAGCUCAGUGUCUCAACAGAUCCAGAUCUUGGGACUGUGUACUCUGUCACAGUGCCAGUCCGGCGGGUGAAACCUGAAUAUCAAGAUGAGGAUGAGUUGGGGGCAAUAACAAGCAUAGAGUACAAAGAUACUGGGGAGGGUUCUGGUUCUGUUGAUGUCAAAUUUGAUUUCUUUAUUCCCAAUGACAAAACUCAGUAAUUUUUAAUGUUUUUAUUCUUCUGCUCAUUUCUCCUUUUUUACCCUUCUUUUAUUAAACAUCUAGGAUCAGAUGGAAAUAUUUUCUUGUAGCAGAAGUCCACGACUGUAGUAGUUCAGAUCUUGGAUCCUUAGGACUCCUAAUUCCUAAGGUCAUUUGUAUAUAUUGGAAUUUUCGUUCACUA